AACCAACUGAGAAUUCGAAAAGCCAUGACAAUGUCAUUGAGUUGUCUGAUUUUUACAAUGGUAUUUGGAGCAAAUAUUUUGCUUAUUAGUGGAGAUGAUCAUGAUCUUGCAACAGCGGCUUGUAUUGGUUUGAGUCCACAGAGGGCUUACACUGCGGCAGUCCCUCGCAAGUGUAACGGUGGAGAGUCAUGCAAUGCAAUCUGUCAAGCGGUCUCUGGUAUGAAUGCGGCUGGUGAUUCCUUUAACAAAAAACCUCAAUGCAUUGAUGCCUUGCAUAUUUACGCCAAGCGUGGCGCCAAGAAUACCCCCAAUACACUAUGGGUCAACACCUGGAGAUAUGGAAGUUUCAGUUGUGCUGCUACUCAUUGCGGUCCAAACUUUUGCUGUUGUUCCCAGUAAAAUACUGAAU